AUGGUAAUGGAAGUGAAAAGAUUAAUAGAUUUCGAGCCACCUGUAUCGCAAAUUAAUGCCCAGUGCUGUGACGACGACGACGACGACGACGACGACGACGACGACGACGACGACGACAACAACAACAACAACAACAACAGCUCGGCUGUUGACAUAAAAAUUUCCAAAGAGGACGUGGUUCCUCCAAUAACUAUAAUAAUAAUAACUACCAAUCCAACCGCGGAAAUUUCCAAAAUUACCGUGGUAAUUCCCAAAAUCAUCGCGGAAAUUUCCAAAAUCACCGAGGAAAUUUCCACCAAAACAGAGGAAAUUUCCAAAAUUUUCAAAGUAAUCGCGGAAAUUUCCCUCGAUUCAAUAACAGAGGAAGAGGGUUUUAUAACAAUUCGGGACCUGGAAGCCGAGGUGUUUAUUACUACAUCUCGGAAAACCCGCAGGUCCCCCAACCAGAAGUUGGGGGCCAACAAAUCAUGCCGAUUGCAACUCAGCAGCAAUCACCUCGACAGCAGCCUCAACAACAACAACAACAAUUCCAAAUAG